AUGGCUAUACUUGAUGAUGAUAAUGCCUCAGUGAAGUUGUCCAUGAGUGUCCGAGAAAUGUCUGUCAAAGGUGUUGAACCACCCCCGGAAUAUAUUGUUAAGGAAGGCAUCUUUGGAGCUAUAGAGUCUUCUCCAGAAGUAGGCCAAAUCCCUAUCAUUGAUAUCAGUCUCUUCUCCACAUCAUCACAGGAUUCUGCGAAAGCGCAGAUUGAACUUGAGAAACUUAGAUCAGCACCAGGGCCAGUCCAAUCACUCAGCUCAUCAGGCUGCUUCCAGGCAAUUGGUCAUGGCAUUUCAAGUAGCUUUCUUGACAAGUUACGCGAAGCGUCAACAAAUUUCUUUGCACUUCCAGAGGAAGAGAAGCAAAAGAAUCCAGUGAAAGAGAAGAAAAAGCACUUCAAAGUAGCUCAUCGAACUGAAGGAUAUGCUCAUGAGGUCAAAGUCUCAGAGGAGCAAGUUCUUGACUGGGCAUACCGUCUUACUCUUCUAGCAUUUCCAGAAGAUCAAAGAUGCCUAGAUCUUUGGCCAGAAAAUCCAAACAACUUUCGAGAGGUGUUACAUGAAUAUGCAACAAAGUUAAAUCUCAUGACGGCUGUUCUGUUUAAGGCCAUGGCGAAAUCGUUGAAUUUAGAAGAGAACAGCUUUGCAGAUCAGCUGUUUGGUGAACAAGCUUUGAUGACAGUAAGAUUCAACUUCUAUCCUAAGUGUUCAAGACCUGAUCAGGUGCUUGGUGCAAAACCACAUACAGAUGGAUCAGGAAUAACACUUCUGUUGCAAGACAAAGAAGCAGAAGGUCUUCAAGUUUUGGUGGAUGGCAAAUGGGUUAGAGUCCCCAUUGUGCCUGAUGCUAUAGUUGUUAACCUUGGUGAUCAGAUGCAGAUUAUGAGUAAUGGUAUAUUCAAGAGUCCAAUGCACAGGGCUGUGACCAAUACAGAAAGGAUGAGGUUGUCUGUGGCCUCGUUUAACGAACCAGAUCCUGAAAGUGAGAUUGGUCCAGUGCAGAAACUGAUAGAUGAGGCAAGGCCAAGACUGUACAAGAAUGUCAAGAAUUAUGGUCUCAUCAACUACCAAUGCUAUCAGGGAGGACAAAUAGCACUUGAAACAAUGAAGAUAUAA